AUCCAAUACACCAUAACCAUACGCUAAAUACGUGGACAAGAAAAGGUAAAAUAGCAACACUGAAGACAUAUCUGACUGGCAAAGAUGGAGCAGAUUAUCCUUUUGUGCCUGGUUUCCACCUUUCUAUCGGCCGUUCAUGCUCAGAAAUUUUUGUUCAGCCCAAAAUGGGGUCCUGUUGGUUAUAAAGAACGGGAAGAGAAUGAUAGGACAGCAAUGGAUGAAAUCAUUAAAGCUAAUGAGUUCCAAGCAACCCGAAUUAUAGACGGCACUACCAGUCUCAGAGAGGGAGACAUUGCUGUUUCUUCUGGACGGCGCUCCAAAGUCUGCUUUGCUCGUAGCUGCCUUUGGAAUAAGUCAGUGGAUGGACACGUCUAUGUCGCAUAUAGGCUCUCACCUGAUUACUCUGAAAUGGAGACAAAGCUCAUAAAGAAAGGGAUGGAAAGUGUAGAGAAAGGUACCUGUGUGCGAUUUGUUCCUUGGACUCACCAACGAGACUACGUCGACAUCCAGCCAAAGUCCGGCUGUUGGUCCUACCUUGGUGCGCGUGGUGGAAGACAGACCGUGUCUCUUCAGAGUCCUGACUGCCUCCGUGUUGGAGUGAUCUCCCAUGAGUUCAUGCAUGCCCUGGGCUUUGUGCACGAGCAAUCUCGCUUUGACCGGGACAACUAUGUCACCAUCAUGUGGCCAAACAUUUGGAGGGAUCGGUUGAGGAACUUUGAGAAAUUCAAGACUGACAGUCUGGACCUACCAUAUGACUAUGGCUCAAUCAUGCACUUUGGGAUGUAUGCCUACUCUCAGGACGGGCAGCCAACCAUCAUUCCAAAGAACAACCAAAACAGCAAGGACAUCAGGCUGGGCAAGGGAUCAGCUCUCAGCCGCAUCGACAAGAUGAAAAUCAACAAGCUUUAUAAAUGUGGUGGCAAGGAUGAUUACUAACCGAACUGAGAGUUGAAACAGUAAUUUGCUCAAAGCUCAUACAAUAAAACAAUUCUAAAUCAUAGACCACUUCAAUAAAUAUUAAUUCAAGCUUUGCAUUGGCAUUUAACCUGUGCAUGCAGUCGUGUGUGUUGAAACGAGACAUGUCGCUGAUGUUUAGAAGGCUGAGAAAGUGAGCGGGGGUGUAAACUAUUGUUUUAGUAUAGAGAGAGAUAGUCAUCCA